AUGCCCCCCCUUCACCAGAACAUUUACAUAGGCCAAGGUGGCCGGGCGACCAUCAUGGCGCCCGCGGAUCUGCGCCCCCGUGCCCUCCGAAUGAAGGACAAGAAGAAGGUCGACAGGAAGAAGGUCCAGCGCAAGAAGCUGAUCACGAUGGACAUAGCAAUCGAAGGCUUGCUGGAAGAAGCAGCCUGCCUCGAGAAGGCGGCCGCGGCAGAGGAGGCGGAGGUGAUGCGGAAGCGCGCGCGGGUUAAGGAGCUUCGAGAGGCCGUAGACAAGCGCCAAAAGGUGGCCCAAGCGAAAGAGAACGAGCUGGUGGUCCGCGCCAAAGAGACGGAAGAUAUGGAUACUACUACCACAUAG